AAGUCUCCGUGCAUUCUACUCAUUUCUCACGUAAUUAUCUCCAUGGCGCAACCAGCUGCUGCAAACGAUAUCCCUGCCCCUCAGCAGAUGAUUGAGGUCGACACAUUCGAAGACGAGGGAAACGACUCGACCUUUAGCGAUGGCGGCUCGACCUACACUACGUCGCUCAGCUCGAGCGUACUGGCUCAUGAGUUCAAGCACGGCCGUCGCUAUCACAGCUAUCAAAGCGGGGCGUAUCUUUUCCCAAACGAUGAACAGGAACAAGACCGUCUCGAUAUGACGCACCAUAUAUACUACAGAGCAAUGAAUGAUCGCCUCUACCUGGCUCCCAUCAAGCUGGACGGUAAGCGUGUUCUGGAUAUUGGGACCGGCACCGGCAUCUGGGCGAUGCAAAUGGGCGACGAACACCCUGAGGCCGAAAUGAUCAUUGGAAUCGAUCUUAGCCCAAUCCAGCCCACCUGGAUGCCGCCCAAUGUCAAGUUCAUCAUCGAUAACGUCGAGGAGGACUGGGUCGAACCCCAGCCUUAUGAUUACAUCCAUUCUCGAUACAUGGCCAAAUCCAUCGGCGACUGGCCACGUUUGAUACGUCAAGCCUACGACAAUCUGAAACCCGGCGGUUGGGUUGAAUUCCAGGAAUUUGAGAACUGGUUUUACUCAGAAGACGGCACCCUCAAGCCAGACCACUAUGCCCUGGUGCUUAUCAAGCACCUCAACGAGGCCUGCAGAAAGAUCGGAAAGCCACUUGACAACACGCUUAACCUUGAGGGUCAGGUGAAGGAUCAGGGCUUUAUCAAUGUAAAGGCUGAAAAAUUCCCAGUGCCCAUGGGAGGAUGGCCGAAAGAUAAACGAUUGAAAGAGGUUGGAAGAUUUGCUGCCAUCAACUGGAUCGAAGGUGUAGAUGGCUUCACUGCAGCACCUUUCUCGGAGGUCCUGGGCUGGAGUCGACCUGAAAUCGAGGUUCUGAACGCUGGUGUUCGUAGAGACUGUGCACGACUGGAUGUUCAUGCCAUGGCAUACAUUCAUGUUAUCAUAGCUCAGAAGCCGGAGUCGGCUUGAAUCAUACAUAACUAUAUAUACUAAGUAGAAUACCUGGUAGUAUACCUAGUCUUCCU